CCUCGCAAAGAGCGCCAGCUUAUCGAAAAGACGGUAAGGCCUCUUUAACAUCUCGGAUUAUGACACCAUAUGCAUAAUUAAAAAAUCUUUCGAUCUCCGUCAACGCUAUCAGAUGUCGGACAGUUAUCUGAAGGAAUAUCUUCCUUUCAAAACAUCGCCCGAACUACUUGACGAAUAUGUCUACGCAGACGGACGUAUUCGCACAGGAAAACUUUUGGAAGAUUUGGAUGCAUUGGCUGGUGCAAUCGCCUACAAGCAUAUCGAUAACGGGGAUCCCGAUGCUCCAGCAGUCACUGUUGUGACAGCCAGUGUGGAUCGAUUGGAUCUCUUCUUGCCAAAAGCCGUGGAAAAUUACAAAUUGAGCGGCAUGGUAACCUAUGCGGGUAACAGUUCGAUGGAGAUUUUCAUCAAAGCGGAAACGGUUUCUGACGAGGAGACUGGAGAUGCUGAUACGGAUUACAUCUCGGCGACAACUGAGGAUUUUGGUAUGCUCGGCCCGAACACCGUGCUUGCCACUAGGUUCACUAUGGUGGCCAUCGAUUCUCAGACGCAAAAGCCGGUUACUGUGAAUCCGCUUAAACCCACUUCACCGACGGAAGAGCGAUUGUUCGAUAUUGCGAAAGCCAAUAAGAAGCGAAAGAAGCGUAAUGCUGAAUUGUCAUUGACGAAACAGCCUCCGACGCCGGAGGAACGGCUGACGAUUCACGACAUUUUCUUGCAGUAUUCGCAAUACAGUGACGUGGGUGAUGAUUCCUUUGUCACUAGCACCUCGUCCGAUGAAAAGCAACCUCUGCCUGAUAAUCUGAUGUGGAUGCGCGAUACACGAAUCGAAAGUAAUUUCCUUAUGCAACCGCAAGAUCGCAACAUUCACAACAACAUUUUUGGUGGCUAUCUCAUGCGUCGUGCGUUUGAAUUGGCCUUUUCCGAUGCGAGCCUUUUCAUGCGUUCUCGUUCACCUAUUCUACUUGCUAUGGAUGAAGUGAUAUUCCGAAGACCGGUUCAUGUGGGUUCACUUUUGAACUUGAAAGCUGGCAUCGUCCACGCCGAGGGAUAUCCUCAUCGAUCCGUCCAAGUCCGCGUGGUCGCUGAAGUGGUCGAUAUCGAAAACGGUUCGCGAGAGACUACCAACAUCUUUUAUUUCACUUUAGCCAGCCCUGACGACAAGGCGAAAUUGAAACGCAUUUUGCCCAAGACGUAUGCCGAGACAAUGCUGUGGUUGGAUGCCAAACGUCGUCGGUUCCAAGGUGUGAACGCUCGACAGUUGCUGUUGGAUGAAUUAUCGCCGAAGCACUUAUCUGACGAUUGCGAAGGUUCGGAUGAUUUGAAAAACUGAAUACAAAAAAAAAAAAAAAAAUUACUGUAUUUUUAAAUUAUUUAAAA